CAGGUCGCCUCCAUUCGCUCACUAUUGACGUCAUCAUGCGUUACUAUCACAAUUUUCGUGUGAAUCCUCAAACGACCGCCUGGAGUUCUGUUUUCGUGUGAUCCACUGUUUUGGUUACAGUUAUCUUUGUAUCUCUCCACUUGCUUCGCACGUGUGUCCAGUGUUGCCUCCCGUUACUUAUCCACAAGGAACAGUAGGGUCUUGGACGAAGGACGAAGUACAUAUAAUAAACCCAACUCCCUAUCGACCGGAGACUUUUGUCCAGAUUAUCUAGGGUCCAUACGAGUACCAUACAUUCGACCAAGCAGCGUCCCUUUCAAAACGAGAUAAGCUGCAUCGCCUGUGACAUCAAGGACGGACAACAUUGGUAUACAUUCAAGAUGUCUGCUGCAGACGCCCCUCCAGAUAUGGACAACAAUCUGUUGUCUCCCGUCACAACUAGAAGGAGAGCCACGCGGACACUUUCGAAUCAGAGUGCCACUCGAGCAGAUCUGUUCAGUGGCCUGGCUGUUGUCGGGCCUCCUGAACAUCUCGGGAAAUCCAGCAAUGCCCACGAAACUGCCAAGGCCAUGGAAUUGGCCAAGCAUCAUCUGGCUGAAGCUUCAGAUCUGACGACGCCGGAGGACUCUCAGCCUACUACUCCUGACGAAUCUGGUCUGAAGACCACCGAUAAAUAUGCUUUUGCAUUCGAUAUUGACGGUGUAUUGAUCAAAGGUGGCGAGGUGAUCCCAGAAGCCAUCGAAGCCAUGAAAGUAUUGAACGGCGAAAACGAGUAUGGUAUCAAAGUACCAUAUAUCUUUGUGACGAACGGAGGUGGCAAGACUGAAGAAGAGCGUUGCAUUCAGCUGUCCAACCAACUCCAAUUAGAAGUGUCGCCUGGACAAUUCAUCUGUGGCCACACACCUAUGAGGGAUAUGGCCCAGAAGUACCAUACCGUCCUUGUUGUCGGUGGUGAAGGCGAGAAAUGUCGCACCGUUGCCGAGGGCUAUGGGUUCAAAGACGUCAUCACUCCUGGAGAUAUCAUAAAGGAUAACAAAGACACCACCCCAUUCCGGAAGUUGACCGAGGAGGAGCUCAAGCACUCGGUCAAACGCAACUAUGGCGAGGUCGAAAUCGAAGCAGUGUUCGUCUUUGCCGACAGCAGAGAUUGGGCCGGCGACUCCCAGAUCAUUCUCGAUCUCUGUAUGAGUAAGAAUGGUCGAUUGGGCACGCGGUCGGAGACUUUUGAGGAUGGCCCGCCAGUCUUUUUCUCCCACAAUGAUAUUGUCUGGGCCACUUCUCACGCAUACUCCCGUAUUGGCAUGGGUGCUCUGCGAGCAUCCCUCGAAGCCAUGUUCAAGGCCAUCACCGGUAAAGAGUUGAAGACGGUUGCUUUCGGCAAGCCUCAGCUAGGUACGUUCGAGUUCGCAACCCGGCUCCUUCAGCAAUGGCGAAAGGACACCCAUGGCAUCAACAAACCUCCGGAGACCGUGUACUUUGUUGGUGACACCCCGGAGUCAGAUAUCCGGGGUACCAAUGAGUUCAACGAGCAUGGGUCUCCCGAUGUAGACUGGUACUCCAUCUUGGUUCGGACUGGGGUCUUCCGCGAAGGCACAAGACCUGCCUUCAUGCCCAGAAUGACUGUCGACAACGUUUUGGAAGCCGUCAAACAUGGAAUGCAGCGCGAAUUCGACAAGGCCUUGAAGAAUUUGACGAUUGGAGGCGGAGCACCCCAGCUCACUGAUGCUAUUGCGGAGGAUGACGUUGAAGAAGACUAAGGUAUGUCCGGCGGCGCUGCAUCCGAAGGAAUAAAGGCAUUCUGGGGGAUUAUACCCGCCAACGGCACCAAAAUCCGGAGACGGCAAAAUUCCAUGUCGAGGCAGCCUCUUUCGCCCUUGAACUUUAAGUGCGGAAAAGUUCUGUAUACCAAGCGGUGGCGGUCUUACCUCGAGCAUGCUCACCUACGACUUUACGAAAGCAUUUAAAGGCGCUACUGGUGCGGAAAUCACAGCCCGCGCCACCAUUAUCGAAUCUUAGAGGCGGCAUUGUCAUGGCGUUAGUGAGAUUGGCAGACCUCGUCAUGUAUGAUUUUCACAUCACAUCAGCAAUUGGAUCACAAGAGGCGUUGAGGUUGGUCUUGGUUAAUAGAAUUAGCCCAGCUUUACUGUAAUGCGGUAGCCUCCAUCAUGCCAAAAUAGGCACUCGGUCAGCUGGGGCUAUGGGGGCCGUCUAUGGAGUCAUCACACUUCAAUACGAUAUGACCGUUCAUGUUCUUCACAGAUAUCUGAAGAUCCAAGAGA